UAAACAGAGAUGUGGGAGAUAUUGAAACUCACCUCUGGCGACUUUGCAACUUUUUGAAUUUUUCCUUCAAGCCGAAUACAUUUCGCACACACUGUAAAAUACUCAUUCGUUGUAUCAGUUUGGUAAACGGAGAAAUGCCAAAGCGUAAUGUAAAUGGAAGUAUGGAGAAAUUUCAAAAAGCCACAAAACACCGCUAAGCUGCAAAAAAUGGUUAGUUUAUUUCGCUACAUUUAUCCAUGCAGACGCGUAGCGGUGCGCGUGCGUAGAAAUCAAUCACAAAUAAGAGCAUUCAUAUUCGUGAACUUGCGUUCAGCUCAAAGCGUACAUACUUAGUACGUCUCACAUAUAUAUAUAUAUUAUAUUUACAAAAGAUAACAGUGUUAAGAACUGUGGCAUAAGCAGCAAUUGAAGAUAACAUAAUAAGUGUCAUUACAGUUAGCAAGUCAGUUUCUUACGUCUGCUCUAAGCAUACAAUAUAAUCAAAAUAACAAUGGCUACACUGUUGCAUCAUAUUCUGCUGAUUCUACUUAGUCUAAGCUACGCAUGUAUGGCCUGGAGUCGUGCGACUACACUUAAAACAGCAGAAGCGCCUCACGAAGUUAACGGUAAACAAUUGUUUGUCUUCGGCAGCGGUAAGGAAACAAGUCCACCUGAUUUUGUACGCUUGGUGGUGAUGCGACUCAUUUACGGUCUGGCCUCCACAAUGGGUUUCGAGGAGCGUUUAGAGGAUGCAUUCAAUGGCGCCUUUGUGCCGCCAAAUGCCGAUGGUGGCCUCUUCAGUUUUGGUGGUUACGAUGACGCGGAUGAUGGUGGCGCAUUCGGCGCACUUUUCGACGACUAUUGAGAAGGUGAAGAGACAAAGGAAAUUUACGAAAAGAAAGGCGUUUAAAUUCUGCUCAGCUCAUUGUCAGUGUACUUGUAAGCUGUGGCAAUAACAAUAAAGCGUUUUCGUUUUACCAGCCAAUGUACAUACAUAUGUACAUGUGUAUGUAUUUACAACCAAUUAAGAUAGCAUGUACGUAUGUAUUUAUAUGUAGGCCAUAGUGUUGAUGGCCAGAAAGAUAAAAGUGACCAAAAAAUUUUUAGUAUAUUCAAAUGAAAAUAUUUAUUUUUUAUUUUUUAAGUGUAGUUUUUAAGUAAAUGUAAUUUCUGCUUUAAUUUAAAUAUAUUUAAGAGCAGCUGCGUAGCUGUGUUGAAGAAUUCUAUUUACAUAAUUACAUAAUAUAAUAAAGUGUAAGCGCAUAACCGAGUGUGUUAUGAAAGUGAUAAAAGAA